AGAAAUCCCUUGUCAUGCGCGAAGCCACCAUGGUGAUGUGGUGACAUAAGUUGAUCUAGGACCUGCAUUUGUCUUUUCCAACUAUAUGUCAAACGAAUCAAAUGGAAAACGGAACCGACACUGGAUCGGUGCUUAGCGGAAAACGUUUCCUAAUUUGCGUGGCUUCUGACGUAAAAAAUGGGUUGUGCCUCUUCACUACCCUUUAAUAUAACCAACAUAGAAAUUUAGCUACUUUUUUGGGUUUCACAAAAUCUACAAUUGAUAGAGGAACGCCGGACACGAGUACUGCCCAGGUGUAGAGAUUUUCCAUUGAGUGACUUGAAGAAUCAGAGAGCUGUAGAAAUACUAUUCUGACCUCACCAUGGGUGUUAUAAUAUCCCGGUUUAGGACCAAGCCAUCAACGGUUGACUUAUUGGAAGGCAUUGAUAAGGAUAUACAGUCUUGUGAGGAAUGCAGAGAGCGGUAUCAAAAACAGUUGAAGUUAUGGGUGUGGAGACUAUUUCUGUACUCAUCUCUACUGUACCUGAUGGCCAUCAUCAUUGUGUAUCUUUGGUACCUCCCUGAACAGACCGUUGGAAAGGUCAUAUUGGCCCUUCCCUUUGUUGUAUUCCCACUGUUUGUAUGGCUCCUUCGAAAGGGGGUGAUCACUCUUGUUAAAAGAAGAACAGAAAAAAACAAUGAUAAAUUGGAGUGCCUCAAAUCACAAAAACAAAAAAUAUUGCUUGAGGUGAUGGAGACUGAAACAUACAAAAACGCAAAAAUGAUUCUGGAGAGGUUUGAUCCGGAUUCGAAGACGAAGGUGCCAGAAUCUCUUAAAAAUGGCGCUCCCAUGACUCCAAAACCCGGUCAAGAACUCCGUCAGCGUCAUGUUACCCCUCGGCCCCCGGUGGCAGUGAUUUCUGCCGCAGCCCGUCCUCCUCCGGCCCCGGGGGCCACUCGUGCAGGGCAGCCCCUCCACUCUGCUCCUGGAGGCCCCCCAGAGAGGAUCCUGUCUGCUGAGGCUGCUCAGCAGAGCUUGAUGAAGAGGCCCAUGACCCCUGGCACACCUGUUCCAGGAGUGGGAAUGCACCCCCCAGGGCCACCUUUGGCCAGACCUGUCCUGCCACGGGACAGAGGAGCUAUGGACCGGGUCAUGGAGUACCUUGUUGGCGACGGCCCUCAGAAUAGAUAUGCCCUCAUAUGCCAGCAGUGUCUCACCCAUAACGGCAUGGCAUUAAAAGAGGAAUUUGAAUAUCUUGCCUUCAGAUGUGCAUACUGUUAUUUCCUGAACCCUGCGAGAAAGACCAGACCCCAAGCCCCCCGGCUCCCAGAGGUCAGUGCUGAGGCAAGGGCCCCGGCUGAAGCAGCUAUGCCGACAUCACCAGCCCCUGACACUGAUGAAAGCCCUGUUGCUGCGGUUGAGACCAAGCUACCCGCCCCCCCUGCUGAAAAGGAGACCCACGAGCCAAUCACUCUGACCACAGAGUGCACCCCUGAAACAGAAGACCCAGAAAAGGUGAAGUCAGAUGGGGAUCAGGAUGUGUCAGCAAUGGAAGUGGAAUAGGAUUUUAUUGCAACUCAUUUAUUUAUGCUGGAGCUGUAUUCUUAUAUUUUCUUCUUUUUUCUUGACUUUUCUUUUUAAAGUAAAUAUAAUAAUGGUUAGACUGUUAACAUCAAUUCUGCGAAUAACAAUCACAGAAAGGCAGAACCAGAAUUUGGUAUUAACAUCUAGGGAUUGUUUUCAGUUUAGAAAGCAAUAUUAAUGUAGUUAUGACUGUAACAAUAAUUGAACCGCUAUUUUUGGAGUUUACAUUACAAACAAUACUAGCGCUUCUUUACGUGUGUGUGGGUUUGUGUAUAUAAAACAGGAGCAGACUUAGUCAAGCUUUAUAAGCAUUUUUUGGUUUGAUUUACUCAUAGGUUUUCUGUUAGUGUAUUUUAUGUGAACAGAUUUAUUCUGACUGGUUGUCUAAAUACAUGCGGCAUGCUAAUGCUUAAUAAUAAUGGAAAUUCAUGAAAGUAAUAUUCAUGGAGAGUCAAAAUCAAGCUGAGCCAUUUGAGUAGAUACAUGUUUUUUGAAUUAUGUUUUCUUCCUUUUUUGUGUUGUACCGAAGUAAUUUCCUAUAUCAUAACUGUAAUGUAUUUUCAGUGUCUGUUCAUGUUUACAGAAAUGCAAAAAUAUCCUGUCUGGUGUUAUGAAAUGUAUAUUUAUAGGUGACAAUAUUUAAAGAUAAUAUAGCAUUACGAUACAAAGCUUUUUUUAACAGUAUUGAAUCUGUAUUGGAUACUCCAAUUACAAUUGGGUUAACCACCAUGUUUACGCAGUAAGAGUACAUUAAUGAGCGCUUACUUAUUUAUUGCUUUAAAGGAGUAAACGAUGUACUGCUGUCCUCUACACCUGAGUGCCUUAAUGUGUUUUGUUCCCAUGUUGAAUAAAGACCCAUUUUCAUUAAG